UUUUCUGUACAGCCUAAAUGCAUGUGAAUAAUUACAAAUGUAUUUAUUUUAUUUAUAACAAUAUUUACCAUACAGUCAGUGCUAAAAAUUCCUUCUAACGUUUCUUUAGGUACUUUUUCUAAUUCUUACAGAAUCCAAUAGUGGUAGCGUCUGCAUACAAUCAAUGCGUUCGUAAGGAAAUCCCAAGAUUUGAUUCAUUAUGGUUUAAUUGUAAGUCUAUUAAUACAGCCAAGAUAGUUUCUGAAUGAUUGACGUAGUCGUACGUGGAUCGUUGAAGUGGGCACCGGCGCGAUCAAGAAUAACCAAAACCCAUUACCAUUUCACUUUCUACGGGGCUGCGUUACGCUGCAUGCAAAUGCAAGUCCGCCCGGCGGACUUGCUUACGUUUCCCCCAACGAUUUACGUCCGCCGUGGCUCGUUGGUAGUCGCUCAUGGUAUAUCGGCUUAUUAUAUGAGCGACGUACAUCAUCGCCUGACUUUCCGAUCGAGUUUGCUGGUUAAUAGCAGGAAACAGUGACCUUCUAUGUAGACAGUGGCGUCUCGUAUCGUUGGCCAGUAAACGUGACCGAUUUUGUCGACGGACACCGAUAGUCCAUGGCCUUUCGUCGAUCGUUUUGUCACACGAGUAGCUCACCGUCGAACAAUUACGCGACAGAAGUAGAAAUAAAAAUAAUAACAGAAGUCAGAAACUCUGUAUGGUCUGCCAUGUCGGUCAUUUAUACAUCACAGGAGUUUUUUCUUUCUUUUUUUUUUGUUAUUUUAAAUAAAUUCUAGUUAUCGUUCAACUCGUGCGUUUGUAAAAUCGCAAAGUAUGGAUCUUAUCGAUCUUCCACGGGUCAUGUUCCAGUACGAACGAAUACAAGUGAAUAGUAUAGUAGAUGCAAUUCAGUGUAUUUAACUGCAAAUGUUUAUAAAAUGAUUUAAAUUUUAUAUAUAGAUCUUUGCUCUUUUAAGUGAAACGUCUAAUUUACAGUAACUUUAUUUAUAUUUUGUAGAGACGGGUUCUCAUCUUCGCGUUUUAUAGAGUGAUCUUUGCUCGCCUCUGUUUAAAAUGAUCAAAAGCAAACUUUUUUUUUUCCUCCGAAUCAGUGUAUUAGUUUAAACCACUUGUAUUGUUUAUUCAUUGAAUUUUAUUCGUUUUUAUUGGCACCUGCGAUAGGUGAACUCACCGAAAAUAACUGUGCGUGAAAUCACGAUGGUUUGUCAGUGACGUCCGCUUCUGACGAAAACUUUUCCGUCUCUUUACGAGCAAUGAGCGGCUCGUAUGUGAUAGCAGAUGCCUGUCUCGUAGUGGUUCAAGCGAACAAUGUAUCUCUUAAACUUAAUGCCUCGGAGUAAUGCAGUUUGUUCAGGAAGUUUGAUAUUCUAGUUACUGGAAAGGAGUCCGAAGUGAAAUGGGAUGAGUGACUCCACGGUCGUCCGCCUAGCCGAUCGUAUAAAUAGAAGUUGCAGAUGCGUUCGCGAGAUACGCGCGGUUCCGAAUUCACCGAUCGUUAGACAUUUUACCCGCGAAAGACGGAGACCGAGCGCAGGAUCGUCGAUUGUUCCGUUGCGACAAUGCUGUAACUUGUUGCGGGAACGUAUAACGAAACAUCCUUCUUGUGCCUGUCGUAACUGUUAACAACACUGUGACAGCGGAUGAACGCUAUUUUCUUGCUGCCACCUUGUCGUUGGGACGCUUCAGGAAGCGAGAGAAAAUUAUCAAAGAUGUACGGCCUAAUAUUAGAGAACUUGUCCGAGUACAUACGUCAGGUCUACGGAGAAGAUAGAUGGGAAGAGAUUCGACGGCAGGCAUCCGUGGAUCAACCCAGUUUCAGUGUUCAUCAGGUUUAUCCUGAGAAUCUUAUACCGAGAUUAGCAAAGAAAGCUAUUCAGGUACUUGGCAUAACGGAGAAAGAAUUUUUCGAUCAGAUGGGUGUACACUUCGUAGGAUUCGUUGGCCAGUACGGUUACGAUCGUGUGCUUUCAGUACUUGGACGUCACGUAAGAGAUUUCCUUAAUGGAUUGGACAAUUUACACGAAUAUCUCAAGUUUUCCUACCCGAGGAUGAGAGCACCUUCCUUUAUUUGCGAGAAUGAAACGCGGCAAGGCCUGACCCUCCAUUACAGGAGCAAACGACGUGGUUUCGUUUAUUACACGAUGGGCCAGAUAAGAGAGGUGGCUCGUCAUUUUUAUCACAAGGAAUUACAGAUCGAGCUGGUGCGCGAGGAGGUCCUUUUCGACACCGUGCACGUCACUUUUCAGCUCACCUUUGAUAACAGAGCUUUCACGCAAGCCUCGCUGGCGAUGACCCGCGAGGAGAAGCAUCUGCCCAUUGGUGCAUCGGUCCUGUUCGAAAUAUUCCCUUUUUGCAUCGUUUUUGGGUCAGACAUGAUCGUAAGAAGUAUCGGAAACUCGUUGAUGGUAAUAUUACCCGAUCUCGUCGGUAAAAAAAUCACGCACUUUUUCGACCUCGUCAGACCGCUCAUUGCAUUCAAGUUUCACUCGAUUCUGAACAGAACGAACAACAUCUUUGAACUGGUGACCGUCGAACCAAUUCUCACGGAACGGCCAUCCGACCGGCAGAGAAACGAGAUCUUUUUGAGCGACGAGCUCGACUCCGUGGACGACAGAACUUUAAGAUUAAAAGGUCAGAUGAUCUACAUGGAUAACUGGAAGAUGAUGAUGUAUCUCGGUACUCCCGUCAUGCCAGAUUUGAAUGCUUUGAUCGCGACAGGCCUCUACAUAAACGAUCUCUCUAUGCACGAUUUCAGCAGGGAUCUGAUGCUAGCUGGUACCCAGCAAUCGGUGGAAUUGAAACUAGCCCUGGACCAGGAGCAGCUGAAGAGCAAAAAGCUGGAGGAGUCGAUGAGAAAGCUGGAUGAAGAAAUGAAACGCACGGACGAGCUACUUUAUCAGAUGAUACCAAAACAAGUAGCGGAUCGUCUGAGAAAUGGAGAGAGUCCCAUUGACACCUGCGAGAUGUUUGACAGCGUUUCGAUUUUAUUUUCGGACGUAGUCACGUUCACCGAAAUCUGCAGCAGGAUCACACCGAUGGAAGUGGUGUCCAUGCUAAAUGCUAUGUAUUCCCUUUUCGACACGUUAACUGAAAGGAACCGGGUGUAUAAGGUGGAAACAAUCGGUGAUGCUUACAUGGUAGUGUCCGGAGCACCAGUGAAAGAAAACGAUCACGCGGAUCGCGUUUGCGACAUGGCACUCGACAUGGUCGAAGCGAUCACGGACCUUAAAGAUCGUUCUACAGGUCUCCAUCUUCAGAUACGAGUUGGUAUUCACAGCGGUGCUGUGGUGGCUGGCAUUGUUGGCUUAAAAAUGCCACGAUAUUGUCUGUUUGGUGAUUCAGUGAACACGGCAUCGCGUAUGGAGGCGACCAGUCAGGCGAUGCAAAUUCACAUAUCGCAGUCCACGCGGGAACUAUUGUCGCCUUCGUACAAAGUGAAAGAACGAGGGGAGAUAGAGGUGAAGGGCAAAGGGACGAUGAAAACCUAUUGGCUGGAGAAAAGGGAGCACAGGUCAUUAUCGACAAAGGGGAUUACUAUUCAAGAACCGCCUCAGUGGCACACAAGAAACAUCGAGAAGCGAGUUUCAGCGGGUACCUCCUCCGGCUUCACAGCGUCGACUAUGUUCGACAGUCAACAUUGUUUAGACACGUCGUCUAGACGAGGUUCCAAGAUGGUUUCUCCAACCCUCCCCGACUCGUCAUUUCUUCCAGAAGAAAGGAGGAUCUAUUCGCCCAUCACAUUUCAGGAUGUUGCUCGGAGAUCAGUCGCUAAUUCACCCACGAAGAACACCGACACGAGGGACUGCAGAUCGAACUCUAUGGGAGCGGUGAUCACCAGGAACAUGGACAUGUAUAAUUCCCUUCUGAACGACACAGAGGAACAUUUUAGACAGCACAGGGAUAGUUUGUCCCCGCGUGCCGAGAAUCCAUCGCCUGGGAUGCACACGAAGCUGGAGAUAAACGUGAAGGCUAGCUCGAGCUCGGCAUCCACGGAACCGCGCGACGACAGAGCAUCUUUGGCCGACUUGGACGUCCCCAAACGCGAGAAGGAUGUAUUCUGUAAGAAAGGCAAGGGACACAGCGCGGGAUUUCAUAGCGACAACAGCAACGCGCAGUCGCUUACGCAACAGGACCAAUGCUGCCCCGGCUUCACCAUGUCGAAGAGUGGUAAAAUGCGUCACCAAAACAACGGUUGCAGCAUCGUCUAAUAAAUAAAUUCGUCAUGUUUUUAACGAUUGAUUUUGCCUUCUCGACGCGUCGAGCACCAUGACGGAUGCUCCCGUCGAUCACGGCCGAGCUCGUAUUCACCGCGAUAAAUAUGAUCUCCAGUUCUCAGUUUGUCGACGAUCGAUGACGAGAAUUCGUUACGAUCGUAUUUUCUUGGAACAAUCUGAAUUAUUGGACGGUAGAACCUGCGUUUAUUAAUAGUUGCCGCUAUACUUUGAACAUAGUGCUAGCAUUGUACUCCGCCGGAUACGUCAAUUGGGAACAAAAAAACUAAUGCGUCUAGCGUCGGGACAAAAAAUCGUGACCGUUUUGCUGCAGAGUCGAAUAAGGAUGCGCUGGUCACGUGUCUUUGAAAAAAGACGGUGCACCCACCAAUAGACGACACUUUUUUUAGAUCUCGUAAUACUAGACGCCACGAUCGCGGCGCUAGCGUCUUGUCCUGGCAUAAUUUCCAGGCUUUUUCUUCUUAGAGGAGCAUAUUAUUCUAUUUCGACCAAAUACUGAAAUCCACUUGUAUUUUAUAUUCGUUCGAGUGGUCGAACGCUAAUUAUUUGAACAAAAUGUUGCCCAUCUCUGUAAUAUCCCAUUUAUAUUUUAAAUAAAUUUUGCCCAUCCCUGUACCGAACGAAGAUGAUAUUCUGCAAUUCGCGAAAAUUGCAUUCGGAAGUGUCUUAAAUGUAAUAUAUAGAAUAUAGUUAUCACGCAUGUUAACCUUAAUUCAUAUAUCGAAAUAAAUAUAAAUUGGGUUGUCCGGAGAACGCCUAGAGUGCAGUUCUUCCGACUUCUCUGCGAGUUAAAUUUUAGUUUCGCGAAGACGAUACGUAAUGUAGAUAAUUUCAAUAUGUACUUAACAGUUAAACUGGCGCGAUACUGUAACCGCACCGGAAACAGAGGCAUUAUCGGUAAAUAUUUAUAAAGAAACUAUGCGAUGAACUGUUAUAAAGUUUUAAGAAACAAAAUCCGGUCCGGAUUUUAAGAAACAGUAUCCUUUAUUUAUUUAAAGAAAAUAACGAGGUCGUUUAUUCUAAUAUAAAACUCUAACAUUAAAAACCUUUUCUAAAGUCGCUUAAUUAUUAACAAUAAUUUUAUUACAAUUUUUAAGUACAGUUAUUGUAUCAGAGAACUAUUUUAAUCGACCAAUUAGUUUGAUCUUCCUCCCUCUAAUUACAAAGAUAUAGUUGUAUGUGUAGUAGGCAUGCGUUGACUUUGAUACGAUACAUGAUUACAAUAACUAAAAACAAAAAAUCCAAUUUAAAGUGGUUCUUUCCCCACUGGCUAGUCAAAACAAAACUUAAAUACAGA